AUGAGAUCGAAGGGAUUUCUAGAAGGCCUAGAAGAUUUUUGUGGAGGAACCACGGUAAGAAGAAUGGACCGAGACGAAGGAGAAGAAAAAGUUAAAGGAAUAGAAGAAGAAUUAGCGGGGGAAGGUGAAGGAAUGUCGAAAAAGAAGUGGCGGUCGAUGAAAGUGAAUGUGAGAAUUGGUCAUCAUCAUAUGGCCAAUGAAAGACAUGAGUAG